AUGUGCUGCACGAGGACUGUAGCACCUAUAAUUGUUUACGAGUAUUCAAACAUUUGCUGCACGAAGACUGCAGCACCUAAAAUUGUUUACGAGUAUUCAAACAUUUGCUGCAUGAAGACUGCAGCACCUGAAAUUGUUUACGAGUAUUCAAACAUUUGCUGCACGAAGACUGCAGCACCUGAAAUUGUUUACGAGUAUUCAAACAUUUGCUGCAUGAAGACUGCAGCACCUAAAAUUGUUUACGAGUAUUCAAACAUUUGCUGCACGAAGACUGCAGCACCUAAAAUUGUUUACGAGUAUUCAAACAUUUGCUGCACGAAGACUGUAGCACCUAAAAUUGUUUACGAGUAUUCAAACAUUUGCUGCAUGAAGACUGCAGCACCUGAAAUUGUUUACGAGUAUUCAAACAUUUGCUGCACGAAGACUGCAGCACCUAAAAUUGUUUACGAGUAUUCAAACAUUUGCUGCAUGAAGACUGCAGCACCUGAAAUUGUUUACGAGUAUUCAAACAUUUGCUGCAUGAAGACUGCAGCACCUGAAAUUGUUUACGAGUAUUCAAACAUUUGCUGCACGAAGACUGCAGCACCUGAAAUUGUUUACGAGUAUUCAAACAUUUGCUGCACGAAGACUGCAGCACCUAAAAUUGUUUACGAGUAUUCAAACAUUUGCUGCACGAGGACUGCAGCACCUAAAAUUGUUUACGAGUAUUCAAACAUUUGCUGCGCGAGGACUGUAGCACCUAAAAGGCAUGUCUGA